GUUGUUCGUUAGAAAAUGCAUCGUCGUUGUAUAAUCUGUGGUCAGGAGCCGGGCGACCACUGUGUCUACCCGCGCAACAUGUCGGAGGCGCGUUGGCAGAAUCUGGCCAACCUCAGCAGCUUUGACGUGGACACCGAAUCCUGGCGGCACGGAUGCGUUUGCUCUUCCCACCUGGAUGCGGACCGAGGUUCCAGCACUGGCUCGGAGAGCUCUGCUGGAGCUGCUGAGGGCGCAAGAAUCCUGCCGGCCUGCAGAAUCCGGCGUCAGUGGAGCUCUUCGGGAUCGGCAUCUGGCAGAGGAUAUACCACCUACAGCGUGGCCGUUGAGGAGAUGCCCAACCAAAGCAAACGGAGUCUUAAUUCGGAUAAGCAGGAGAUCAGCACCGGAAACAGAUUCAAAAAUGGUUGCUGCCAUUUUAAAAAUGCCUGCAACAACAUGCUGCCGGGUAAUCCCUAUGGAUUCACCCAAAUGGGUCAUUUCGCAAAUCCACAAGCUCCUCCCAAUUUAAAAACGAGGGUAAAUCAAUCUCCUCGUGGAAAUACAGGUUGCGUCUGCGCCAACUGUAAACUAAUGAGAAACAUGGGCACCCCUGCUCCUCCCGAAAUCCAAUUCUUCCCACCGCAAAGGAAUAACAAAUCCAGAGCCACCCGGAUUCAUCUGGAAGCCAACAAAGUAUAAGAAACCUCAAAAAAGGAUGCAUCGAAGGUUGGUCCACAAAAACCAAAGACAUGUGAUCUUACAACUUGUCCCGCUUUAAAGAAACAAUGGUCGGAGGACUUAAAGCCCCAAGGAGAAGAUUUCCGCAGCCUAGCCAGUUCUCUGAAUCACUUGGCAUCGCAAACAUGGCGAAGUAUUCGUAACACCAAGGUUCCCAUGAGUUUGCAAAACAGGAAGCAAAAGCCGGAGCCGGUGCUAAAGAGCCAAUACUGCCAGACUGGCAUUAACUGCCAUUUAAAGGAUCAGGAGGUGCAAUGCUCAAAGGUGGCGCAGACCCAGAGUUCCUUACCAGUUGGUCGACAGCAGGUUGCCUCCUUCAGCUACCGAACAACCAGUUCAGCCACGGGUUUUUCAGCCGGAUAUACCACUAAUUCAAGUAAUUUCACAAACGGAAGCGAGCGAAGAAAUUCAAAUGCUAUUAACGUGCUGCUUAUGAAUGGCACCAGAAAUAACGACUACGAUGAUUCUUGCUGCUGUCACCAAUCAUCGCCUAUGGCCCCACCUCCAGAGAUUUGCGUGCAGGAAUCAGAUCUCACGGAGUCCAACGAACGCGCUGUGUUUCCGGAAAUCGACAAGCCGAAAUAUCGAGUUUGUCGGUCUAACAAUGAGACCAACGUCCUGGUUCUCGAGAAGUCCUAUGGAUGGAUGUGCCAAAGCCACAGAGGAUCGGACACACCUGGCGGGGCUCACAAUCAGGGUGAAGCUCAGCUAAAUUCAAAUCACAGUCGUAGUAAGGAACAGCAGAAUGAUUUUGUCAACAACUGGAUCGAUUGCCCGGCCGCGGACAACUUUACCAAGGUUCUGGAAAUGCAAAGAGCUCGCAUCAAGGAGCUGGAAAAUCUGCUGCAGCAGCACAACCUGCUGCAGCAGACCAUCCAGCACAAGGUGGCAGAGCUGCAGUGCACAGACAAACCAAAUCAUACAGACGGGACCAAAAAAUAACAUCAAAUAAAAAAAAAAUGUCGCACUUGUAUCCAAAGGACUUUCGUUG